GUGAAGUGGAGGCUUCCAAGCAACAAGAGGUGGAGGCGGGGUGCGAAGUUUGCGUGCGGUCUGCAGAUCCCAACAACCGUAAACACAAUCGCACUUCCACGCGGCUCUGCCCUCCCGAUGUGUUUUUGUCGUCGACCUCAGCCUCCCUUCCGCCCGGUUGAUGACCUCGGCAUGAUUUCAGCAGUCAUCGCUUCAAAGGAAGAUAGCCACUCUCCGGUUUCUACCCCCCUACUUAAAGACCUGUGCUCCUCGUUUAUUGUCCACUCCGAUUCUAUGUUUCUUGGAUCCUUCGUCCUUCCUGCCAGAAGCCGGUAAAAGGCUGCUUGGUAACCAAGUUGAAGCAGUGAAAUCAUAAUGGGUCUUGGAGGGACAUCUCGAGGUGCUUCACUAUGCAUCGUUAUUCUGCUAUUUGUUGCUCCUCAUUGCUUUACUCAUACGUUGGAGGCCAACCUGUCUGCCCUGCUGACGAUUGAUGCUUCACCUCAAUCCGGUCAUAUAAUUCCUGAGACUCUAUUUGGUAUCUUUUUUGAGGAAAUCAAUCAUGCUGGAGCUGGUGGGAUAUGGGCAGAGCUUGUGAAUAAUAGAGGGUUUGAAGCUGGAGGUCCCAACACACCUUCAAACAUUGAUCCGUGGACCAUCAUUGGAAAUGAAUCUUCCAUUUAUGUAUCUACUGAUCGAACAUCUUGUUUCAGUCGUAAUGAGGUGGCACUAAAGAUGAAGGUAUUCUGCGGUGAUGGAGAAUCUGUUGCCUGUCCAGAUGGUGUGGGCAUAUAUAAUCCUGGGUUUUGGGGCAUGAAUAUUGAAGAAAAGAAGACAUAUAAUCUUAUAUUGUAUGUAAAAUCACUUGACAUGAUCAAUAUAACUGUUUCACUUACAAGCUCAGAUGGAUUGCGCAAACUGGCUUCUGCCAAUAUUAUAGCUGAUGCUACAGAUGUGUCAAACUGGACAAGAGUAGAACUACAGUUGGAAGCUAUGGCAACAGACAGAAAUGCAAGGCUUCAAUUGACUACUAUGAAAAAAGGAAUUAUUUGGUUUGAUCAAAUUUCGCUUAUGCCAUUAGACACUUAUAAGGGACAUGGCUUCCGUAAGGAACUGAUAUCCAUGAUUGAAGAUCUGAAACCCCAGUUCAUUAGGUUUCCAGGAGGUUGCUUUGUUGAAGGCGAAUGGCUAAGGAAUGCAUUUCGGUGGAGAGAAACUAUUGGGCCAUGGGAAGAGAGACCUGGGCACUUUGGUGAUGUUUGGAUGUACUGGACUGAUGAUGGACUAGGAUACCUUGAGUUUCUUCAGCUUGCUGAGGACAUUGGUGCAGCCCCCAUUUGGGUAUUCAAUAAUGGAAUUAGCCACCAGGAUCAAGUGGAUACUACCAACAUUUUUCCUUUUGUACAGGAUGUUUUAGACAGUAUUGAGUUUGCUAGGGGAAGCCCUGAUUCAAAAUGGGGCUCCCUUCGUGCUGAGAUGGGACAUCCAGAACCUUUUCAACUAGAAUAUGUUGCUGUUGGAAAUGAGGACUGCUGGAAGAAAAAUUAUAAAGGAAAUUACCUGAAGUUCUACUAUGCCAUAAAAGCUGCCUACCCAGAUAUUAAGAUUAUAUCAAAUUGUGAUGGUUCAUCUAGUCCAUUGGAUCAUCCUGCUGAUUUUUAUGAUUUCCAUGUUUAUACCUCAGCUAGCAGUCUGUUUAUGAUGAAUAAUCAAUUUGACCGCACAUCACGGAUUGGUCCUAAGGCUUUUGUUAGUGAGUAUGCUGUGACUGGAUCAGAUGCUGGGAAUGGUAGCUUGUUAGCAUCACUAGGAGAGGCUGCAUUCCUUAUUGGAGUAGAAAGAAAUAGCGAUGUUGUAUCUAUGGCAAGUUAUGCUCCUCUUUUUGUCAAUACCAAUGAUCGCAGGUGGAACCCAGAUGCUAUCGUCUUCAAUUCCUGGCAGCAAUAUGGAACUCCUAGCUAUUGGAUGCAACAUUUCUUCAGGGAAUCAAGCGGUGCAACUUUUCACCCUUCAACAAUUCAAGCCAACUUCUCUGGUUCGUUGGUAGCAUCUACUAUCACUUGGAAAGACCCAACAGACAAUCAGAACUAUUUGAAAAUAAAGGUCAUCAACUUUGGGAAGGUUAGUGUGAGUUUGAAAAUCUCCAUUAAUGGACUAGAAGCUGCCAUUAACUCAUUUGGAUCAGCAACCAUACUCACAUCUGAUAAUUUGAUGGAUGAGAAUUCCUUUGCAUAUCCAAACAAGGUGGUGCCAGUGUCAAGCGUAUUACCUAAUGCAGGGAGAGCGAUGGAUGUCGUAAUUGCUCCACAGUCCUUGACUGCAUUUGAUCUUCCAUUAACUUCUGCUAAAUUGAGAUCUGCAAUUUGAGGAUUUGAAAAAAAAAAUUGAUAAUCCCAGUUAGUCAAUAUGACGCGAAGUGGUGGUGAAGUAUAUCAAAUGUGAGAAUGAUUGAAUGACAAUAAAUCGUCUAUAUGACGCGAAGUAAUAUUUGAUGUUGUAUUGGAUAGGGUGUCCUUUGGCUGGCUCUCUUUAUUUCACAUAAAAUAUCUUUUGGGGGGCUUGUGCAAA